AUGCCGAAGGCACGGAAACCCGAGUCCCUUGGUGAUAUCUCAAAUGCACUUAUGGUCCUGCUCGUAUUUGCGGAAGAAUUCUUCGACCACCACACUUGUCGGUUGAUCAGCGGCUCGAGGGAGUUUGUGUCGAAGAACUACGUAGUUUCUGCCAGUGGAGCUCAGAGGACGUGGGAACUCUCACGUUCUGGUUCGACCGCUUGUUUGAAGACUACAGAGCUGCCACCGAGAUGGACACCCGUCAUGGACGACUUCACGAACGGAAACCCGCAGGAGGCCCUCCUUGCAAGACCCGGAUUUGCAAAGUAUGCUAUACGUUAUCCAGACAGAACGUUUAGCGUCAUUGACAGCUGUCUCCACAAAGGCGACGGCAAGAACGGUAUCAUCUUCCCUUUCGAUUGGAACACGUCGGACGGAGACAACCCGUUCGACCAGGAAGACACCUCAAGAGGUCCUUGA